AUGGACGCCUCCCAAGAAACCUCAAGUCUCGACAAGACCUCUCUAGCCACAAUCUCCCUCCUUGAAUCCCGUCUCCGACGAAUCGAGCACAUCCUCUACGGACCCUCUGAUCCUCCAGCCCAAGCACCAUCCUCCUCCGCGACUACCUCUCUCGCCCAGCUCGAACACCGCUUCAAUGUCUUGAUCCGGCGCUUUCGCGUGUAUGCUGAGCUGCUGAAGAUCCACAAAGCCAACCCAACCCUCUUCCACACAUCCCCGUCCUCCGACGGAAAGCUCCCACCAACCGACCUUCCCCAAUCCGCCAUCCUCGCAACCGUCCUCUCCUACGCCUCUCAAUUUCCCCAGACCGCAUCGGCACUAGUAGCAGCCGCCCCAGAUAAUACCAUCGAAUCCGCGAUUCCCGACACAAAGCUCUCAGCCGAGCUAGCAAGCUUGAUACCAAGGAUGAAAGGACUGGAAGCCAUCCAAUUAGCACAAGAGGCGGAAAUAGCGGAGCUCAGGGAGAGGAGCGAGACGGUGAUGAAGGCGUGGUAUGAGAGACGGGUACUGGGGUACGGAAAGUUUGUGGCGGAGGGAGAGGGGAGGGUGGAGAAGUGCGAACUGAGGGUCAGGAGGGCAGAGAGGGUGAGGGAGAUGGAUGCUGCUAUUGAAUGA